AUGCUGCUGCUGCUGCUGGGCAGCGGCGGCGGCGGCAGCAGCAGCAGCAGCAGCGCCGGCGACGCAAGUGGAAGCGGCUCCCGCCUGGCUGUGGCCCCCGUCGCUCCUGCUCCGGUCGCCGCCUCGUCCCGUCACCGCCACCCCGGGCUCCUCCUCGGAGCGCGCCGAUCCUGCAGCCUUCAUGGGAUCUGUAGCCCCGCCGCCGCCGCCUUCUCCCGGGAUUAA